AUGAGACGAGCCGGCUUGCGUGUUGGAGAUAUGCACUUUCGGACUGAAGUGUUGAAGACGCUGAAGCUGCGCUACGAGGAGAAGUCGAAGGACUACGAGGCUUUGAAGAAAAACCUGGAGAUGGAGUUCCAGCGAGUUUCUGUCGAAGGUCGCGAGAAAGCAGAGUUGGAGCAGCGCAACAAGGAGCUGGCUUGCCGUGCAGUUCGGCUGCGAUUCCCUCAGCAGGAGGUCGCCAAGCGUGGGCCGAAUCUCUAUGAGGUCAAAGGCCGUGCAGUCAAGCUGCAACUGGCUCCAGGACGUAGUGGCUUCUUGGAGCCGUUCGUUGUGGACGGUCCUUUGAAGCAACCUUUGGACGAUUACCUCUCCGGCUCCGGCCGCAAUGAUGGAGGCGAUGCUCUUGGCCGUGCUGCUCCAGUUGCAUUUGAGUGGAGGAUGGAAGCAGAUGCUCGAGAGACCCACGCCAAGCAGAAGCUGUCGACAUCGCCUUCACCGGAGAAGCGGCACCGCCGACCAGCCAUCACAAGCAUCAGCGUCCAUGAACCAACCAAACUUCCGGAUCUGUCCAUGCUUCUGUCCAUUUCCAUUCGUCAGCGUCCCUGGGCCACCGUUGCCGGCUCCGGCUCCACGGGUCCCGUUCACCCGAACGGCUGUGCCCUCGGUCAUCCGCCCAAAGAAGUUAUCGUCAUCACCAUCAUCAUCCUCAUCAUCACCAUCAUCCUUUCACUUAGCUUUGUUAUGAGGCUUUGCCCUUGGAUAGUCUUGGAAGCGGAUGCUUGCGGCAAUGGCAAGGUUGCUGCAAAGGUCUUGGGUCUUAGCAGCAGCGCCGAACACCGCGUCUACUUUCCGACAAGGCCUCCGGUCCUGGUGUUUGGCACGGUCCCGCAGAGUCCACAAAGUCCUGGCCCAGCGAUUCCCAAAGUCCCGGAGGAGUUUGGGCCACCGCCUGGGGCUGUGCCGGCGCCGUUUCCCGCGCCGACACUGGUGCCGCCAAUCCACGCCGAGGAAAGCCGCGCGGAAGUGCCAGCCCCCUUUGAGCCGCAGAAGCUUCUCUCCUUGAAGGAACUCCAGGAGGCUUUCUCGGCGCUGCAGAGCGACGUGCUGUCCCUUCAGGGUGAACUCCAGUCCAUUCGUGCCGCCAGAGGCGAUCCGGGCCAGCAGCCGACAGAGGCGUCAAUGGCGCUACAAAGCGAUGAUAUAGCCGAAGCCGAGACGGACACCAGCGAGGACGCAUCCACAGAGCGGAGCUGCCGAAACUUACGCCGAAGUUGGUCGGAAUGGUCGCGGACGGAUAAAACAUGA